UGAAAAAUAUCUCGCGCAGCUUCUUAGGGUUUGUUUGCCUCUCUCCCCUCUCUUUAACCUAGCAGUCGCUUCUUCUUCUCAGAUUCGCCAUGGGUAAAAAAUCCGCCACCAAAGUUGAAGCAGCACCUGUUGCGAUUAAAGCGACCAAACCUCUGAAGAAAGGUAAGAGAGAGGCUGAGGAUGACGUGGAUGCCAAAGUGAACCUUAAGAAGCAGAAGAAGGAUGUGAUUGCUGCCGUCAAGAAAGAGAAAGCCGUGAAGAAGGUGCCUAAGAAGGUUGAGAGCUCCUCAGACUCUUCAGAUUCUUCUGAUUCCGAGGAAGAGGUUAAGGCUAAGAAGGUUCCUGCUAAAAAGGUUGAGAGCUCCUCAGACUCAUCAGAUUCUUCUGAUUCCGAGGAAGAGGUUAAGGCUAAGAAAGUUCCUGCUAAGAAGGCUCCAGCUAAGGCUGAUUCAAGCAGUGAGGAGUCCUCUGACGACUCUUCUUCAGAUGAUGAACCUGUGGUAGCCAAGAAGGCCACUAACGGAAAGGUUGCAAAGAAAACAAAAGAUGACUCAUCUUCUGAGGAGGAAUCUUCAGAUGAUGAAGAAGUUGCUGUUACCAAGAAACCUGCUGCAGCUGCUAAAAACGGCUCUGUGAAGGCCAAGGCAGAGAGCUCCUCUGAAGAGGAAGACUCUUCCGAUGAGGAAUCUUCUGAUGAAGAACCUGCUACAAAGAAACCUGUUGCUGCUAAGAAGCCAGCUGCUAAAGCUAAAGAUUCUUCAUCUUCUGACGAUGAUGAUUCAUCGGAAGAUGAGUCUGAGGAUGAGAAACCAGCUGCUAAAAAGGCAGCUCCUGCUACCAAGGCUGCAAGCAGUUCAGAAUCAUCUGAUGAAGAUUCUGAUGAGGAAAGUGAAGAUGAAAAGCCUGCACCUAAAAAGGCUGCCACCAAGGCAGCUAAAAAGGAUAGCAGUAGUGAUGAAUCUGACUCUGACGAAUCAGAGAGUGAAGAUGAGGAAGAAACCCCAAAGAAAAAGAACGCUGAUGUAGAAAUGGUGGAUGCUGAGGAGAAACAGCCUAAGACACCAGCAUCUCCUGCUACAGGAGGACCCAAGACGCUCUUUGCUGGUAAUCUCUCAUUCCAGAUCGAAAGAUCAGACGUUGAAAAUUUCUUUAAAGAAGCUGGCGAAGUUGUUGAUGUUAGAUUUGCUACCAACAAGGAUGAUGGCAGUUUCAGAGGAUUUGGCCAUGUUGAGUUUGCUACUUCUGAAGAUGCACAGAAGGCAUUGGAACUUCACGGUAGAGCCUUACUUGGUCGUGACAUUCGUCUUGAUUUGGCUGCGGAGAGGGGAGACAGACCCGCAUACAACACUCCCCAAAGCGGUGGUGGUAACUUCAGAAGCGGUGGUGGUGAAGGUCAAAAAAUAUUCGUCAAGGGAUUCGACUCGUCCCUUCCUGAGGAAGAUAUCAGGCAGGCAUUGACUCAACACUUUGCUUCAUGUGGAGAGAUCACAAGGGUCUCUCUUCCCAUGGACCGUGAAACUGGUGCUUCCAGAGGAAUUGCUUACAUUGACUUUAAGGAAGGCGCAGAGAAGGCGUAUGACCUUAAUGGUACUGAGUUGGGAGGAUGGAAUAUUGUUGUUGAUGAGGCUAAACCGAGGGACAGCAGUGGUGGUGGUGGCGGCGGUGGUCGUUUUAGUGGUGGCGGAGGUGGUCGUUUUGGUAGUGGUAGAGGAAGAGACAGUGGGCGUGGUAGAAAUGGCGGUGGUCGUUUUGGUAGAGGAAGAGACAAUGGUGGUGGCCGUGGAUUCAGCAGACCUAGUUUCACUUCCUCAGUCAACAAGAAGACUACCUUUGACGAUUAAAAGCUUAUGGGGAAAGAGUUUCCUGUGUGCUCAAGUCUUUUAGCCUUGUGAUGCUUACUCAUCUUAUUAUUAUUUCACAGCUUUUUUUUUCUUUGCUAGUCCAGUUGUGUCUGAAUCCUUAUAUUAUUGUCUGAAUUUAAAUUAAAACUCAAUGUUGAGUGCUUUUUGUGUUGAA